AAAGAGAGCCUUUCUUUAGCCCUCCAUUUUUUAGGCUAACGAAACACCCCUCUUGGCUCUGAUUGGUCAAUAGUGGCAGACAUGAGCCGUUGAGCCUGUUUGGCUCAAACUAUAUCACGUGACUCUGUGCUGAUUGGUGGAACUGUGGAUAAAUCCGCUGACAACUGCCGGCGCGGCAAAUUCAACUUCUUGUGUCCUGACUACAUUAUCGUUUUGUUGAUAGUAGCGGUUGUAAUUACCUGGUUUUUUGUCUGUUAUUUUUUUUAUUACUAAGUUAUUGUGUAUUUUAAAUGAACAUGGACUGCGUAGAUUUCCCAAGAGUCCUACCAAACUCACCGAGGAAAGCCCGGGGACAAAUUCAGGUAAUUUUUGGACCGAUGUUUUCAGGCAAAAGCACUGAACUGAUGAGAAGAGUGCGCCGUUUCCAGAUAGCCCAGUACAACUGCCUGGUGAUCAAAUAUGCCAAAGAUACACGGUACUCCGACACGGGCAUGGCCACUCAUGACAAAAGCACAAUGGAAGCUGUACCAGCAAAUUGUCUGAGGGAUGUGCGGCCUUUGGCACUACGAGCUUGUGUGAUUGGAAUCGAUGAAGGACAGUUUUUCCCAGAUGCUGUGGAGUUUUGUGAGGAGAUGGCUAAUUUGGGGAAGACAAUCAUUGUAGCUGCCUUAGAUGGAACCUUCCAGAGAAAGGCGUUUGGAAACAUCCUGAACCUUGUUCCUCUGGCGGAGAGUGUAGUGAAGCUCCACGCUGUCUGCAUGCAGUGUUUCAAAGAAGCUGCCUACACCAAGAGGAUAGGAGCUGAAAAGGAGGUGGAAGUGAUUGGUGGAGCAGACAAAUAUCAGGCGGUGUGCAGAAAGUGUUACGGAGGUCUGAUGGUUGACAAAGAGAACAGUUCUCCCUUCAGGAACGAAACUCCACAAAAUGCCCUCAUAGGAAAACUCGUGGACAGCGGUGUUCCCAGGAAGCUCUUCUCCUCUCUACACCUCUGAAGACGAAACAAAGACUUGGUGUACAAGUUCAGACAUUUAAUCGUGUGUGUGUGUGUGUGUGUGUGUGAGCAGAUUGCAGAGUAAAUGGGUUUUUAUUUGAAAUAACUGAAUCUUUAUUUGUAUGUCUGCUAAAGAAUAUGAUCAAAUCAGAUUAUUUGGUUUGUAUUUGGUGUCUAUUUGAUAGAUAUAUAUAUAUUAUUUACUUGACGCACUUAAUAACCUUGAAUCUAAGUAAACAACCUGCUGUCACAGAAUUCAGUGUUUUGGUGAUAUCUGUAACAUUAGUUUAGGUUGCUUUUGACAUCUUGAACUGUAGCAUUAGUAAAUGUAAGGUGUUUAACAAAUGUACUGACAUUCACAAGGCCAUACUCAAUGGAAACACAGACUCAACGUUUUACUAUAUAUUGUAAGUAAAAUGUGUGGUGAAACUCUU